ACGGCUCCACCCUAAUCCCAGCAUGCACCGCAGAGUCGGUCCGGCCCUUCAGAUCGUCAGGAAGAUGGCAGGCUCUGGGGCGGAGCCGCAGAUCCUUGUGCAGUACUUAGUGUUACGAAAGGAUCUAUCUCAGGCUCCUUUUUCCUGGCCCACGGGCGCAUUGGUAGCGCAGGCUUGUCAUGCCGCCACCGCAGCCUUGCACAUUCACCGAGAUCAUCCACACACGGUCGCUUAUCUCCGGGAGCUAGGGCGCAUGCGCAAGGUGGUUCUCGAGGCAGCUGACGAGACCACCUUGAAGGAGCUGGCAGAGGCCCUGCAACAGAAAGAGAUCGACCACAUGCUAUGGCUUGAGCAGCCAGAGAAUAUUGCCACGUGCAUCGCCCUCAGGCCAUACCCCAAGGAAGAAGUGAGCCAGUAUUUGAAGAAGUUCCGAUUGUUCAAGUGAUGGCUGUUCUGGUAGAAUUGGAUGUCCAUUGGGUCCAGGAGCCAAAUGGCCUCCAUCCUGAAGCAUUGUGGACUCCUUUUAGUGUUGAUGUGCUCUUCCCUUCCAGUUAUGAUGGUUUCUUAAGAGCCAGCACAAACUCAAAUUAAAACCAUCAUUAACAAAUACUUUCUAUUAGCGUUAUUAUCACCAACAAGUUCAAGUGAGGGAAGCUGGUAAGCAGCAUUAUUAUCUUGUGGGUCACUGCUCAAACAGAAGAUACUUUUUGUUAGACCUCUUUUAAUCAUACAGGUUUAAAGUGUUGCCUUUGAGUUCUUUACCUAUCCUAUCCCUUUCUGCUUCCCAAUCACUGGCCUCUAGUCUCUAGUGUAGUAAUAGAAUCUUCUUCAUCUUUCUCUUUUCUGUCUUAUGAAUUCAAUUAAGCACUAUCACCUUCAUACACUCUUUCUAGCUAAAAAAAAAAAAAUCCCCUUCUCUAAACAUGUAUACAUGACAGUGCACUGUUCAAAAAUAUUUCUGUAAGCAUUUGUACACAACAAC